ACACAGACCAGUGGCCAUAUUUGGUUGUGCGCUGGCUACGGUGUGAGAUCCCAGAUGAGGCACAGGGAGAACUAGUCCAAUCUAAGCAGAUGGACUAGUCCUUGGGUGACCAUCUUGCACAACCAUGCAAUCACAAGUAAGGAUUUCAACUGCUGUGAUUGUUAUGUGGACCAAACAUUAUUCAUCUGUUUCCGGAGCACCUAGUGGUCUUGCUUCCAGUUCCAUCCCUCUUACUUAGAAUCUCUCUAAGUGGCUUCUUGGGCUUAGAGAGGACAUUCACGUAGACUUCCAGAAGCCGGAGCAAGGAAAUGAACUGUCAGUUUCACCCUUCUUUUGCACACAUUGGAUUACAUGGUACCUUGCUGAUCCAGAAUAUAUGGAAUGUUUUAGGACUCAGUGGUUGUUGAGGAUGUGGCCGUGGACUUUACCCAGGAAGAGUGGGUUUUGCUGGAUGUUUCUCAGAGGAAACUCUACAGAGAUGUGAUGAUGGAAACCUUCAGAAACUUGGCUUCAGUAGUUUCUCAAAACCUUAAUGAUGGAGAAAAGUUAUCCAGUGAACAGAUAAUAGUACGAUUAAUGAAGAAUAGCACCUCGCCCUCCAUGUUAAGAGAAAUCCGUGAAUUCCAUGGCAUUGAAGACAAGCGUAACAACCAGGAGAGACAUAUGAGGAGGCAUAUGUUAGAAAAACUCCAUGAAAGUAAUGAAUGUAUUGAAUAUGGAAAAACCUUCAGCUGGAUUCCAAAUGCGACUGUGCUUAACAGAAUUCUUCCUAAAGUAAAUCUUUCUGAAUGCUGUGAGUGUGGAAAAUUCAUGGAUCAUUCAUCACUUAAGCAUCAUAUCAGAUCUCACAAUGGAUGUAAUACCUAUCAGUGUAAAGAAUGUAGAGAUCUCUGCAGUUGUUACUCUCAUCCAAGCAUUCCUGUUAGAACUCUUAUUGUAGAGAAACCCUAUAAAUUUAAGGUGUGUGGGAAAGGCUUCAUUGGUAUCUCAACUCCUAAAAAUCAUGUGACAACACUUAUUGGAAAGAAACCCUAUGAAUGUAAUGAAACUGGUAGCUUUUCAUCCUUUGGCAUGCAUAUGAGAAGUCCUAAGUAUGAAUGUAAAAAAUAUUCGAAAAUCUAUACUCAUCCCUUAUCCCUCACUUUAGAUAAAAAAACUCAUAGUAGAGAUAAGAUUUACGAAUGUAUGAAACGUGAGAAAGCCUCAUCCAUCAUUAAACACAUAAGAAAACACAAUGAAGAGAGGCCUUAUGAAUGUAAGGAAUGUGGGAAAGCCUUUAGUCGUUUUUCGUCUCUCAUUACACAUGUAAGAAUUCACAGUGGAGAGAGACCUUAUGAAUGUAAAGAAUGUGGAAAAGCUUUUAGUCAUUCCUCAUCCCUCACUGAACACAUAAGGACUCACAGUGGAGAGAGACCUUAUGAAUGUAAGGAAUGUGGAAAAGCUUUUAGUCGAUCCUCACACCUCAUUAACCAUGUAAGAACACACAAUGGAGAGCGGCCUUAUAAAUGUAAGGAAUGUGGGAAAGCCUUUAGUCAUUUCUCAAUCCUCACUAGACAUACAAGAAUUCACAGUGGAGAGAGGCCAUAUAAAUGUAAGGAAUGUGGGAAAGCCUUUAGUCAUUCCUCAACCCUCACUAAACAUGUAAGAAUUCACAGUGGAGAGAGGCCUUACGUAUGUAAGGAAUGUGGGAAAGCCUUUAGUUGGGCCUCAUCUCUCACUAUACAUAGAAGAACUCACAGUGGAGAGAGGCCUUAUGAAUGUAAGGAAUGUAGGAAAGUCUUUAGUAGUUCCUCAUCCCUCACUGAACAUGUAAGAACUCAUAGUGGAGAGAGGCCUUAUGAAUGUAAGGAAUGUGGGAAAGCCUUUAGCCAGUCCUCAUCUCUCACUAAACAUAUAAGAACGCACAGUGGAGAGAGGCCUUAUGAAUGUAAGGAAUGUGGGAAAGUCUUCAGUAAUCUCUCAUACUUCAGUUUUCACAUAAAAAAUCACACAGGACAAAAACCUUUAUAAUUUGAGGAAUAGGGGAAAGACUAGUCAGUUCUCAUCCCUCACUACACAAAGAAGAACUCACAUUAGUGACCUUAUGAAUGUGAGGAAUGUGGGAAAGCCGUUUGUUCCUCAUUCAGUAAGCACAGUAGCUCACAGUGGACAGAGCUUAUCAAUGGAGGGAAUGUGGAAAAGUCUCUAGUUAUUCCUCCUCCCUCUCUAAACAUACUCAAAGUGGAGAGGGUGGUUUUGAAUGUGAAGAAUAUGGGAAAAUCUGAUGUCUCUUUCUUUGAAACACAUCUGAGUAGGCAUACUUGAGGGAAACAAUUAUGUGUAAGUGGUUUUGGAUAGCUUUCAUUCCUUUUCACAAACCUGAAAGAUACAUGGCGGAGAAGCCAUGUAAGUGUAAGGAAUGUGGGUAAUUUUCUUUUCUCUGUCCUUUGAAAGACAUUUGAAUUCAUGCAUAUGGAAAAGGUUUUCUUAACCAUACUGAACAUGUGAGGAGUGAUAAUGGAGAAAUACUGUGUAAUGUAAAUUAGCUGGAAACAUCUACAUGUGUUUUUCCAUUUUUAGACAAUACAUGAAACAUUACACUGGUUGAGCCUAUGAAUAUAAAAGCUAAUGAAAACUUUCUCAGGAUGCUGUGAGAUGAUGAAUCACCUUGCAGUAAACAGUUUGGCUUUUUCCUGUGUUCCUGAGGCUAAUGGAUGUGGGAUGGCCAAACCAGCAGGCAAUGAGACCUCCACGAGGUGAGGCCAAUAAAGGCUUUAGGACACGGAGGCUCAGUGAACUUCCUGGUUUGUGCAAGACACCCAUGCAUGUGGGAAGAUAGUGCAUCUCGGGACUUUUCCAGACCUCACCCUAGGAAUCUCUUUUGUGUCUUUUGUGCUGCAUUAAAGCUCUUACUGUCGGCAUGGUACUUUCCGUGAAGUCUGUGAGUUGUUCUAGAGUAUAACGAAACCCAAAGGAGUUAGUGGGGGCCAGCCAACCUGUCAGAAGUGGAAGGAGUCAGUUGGACUCCCGAGCUCAAGGCUGGCAUUGGCAUUUUUGGCAGUCUGAGUGCUCACCUAUCCCUGGACAGCUAGGGUCAAUGAGAAAUUGUGUGCCACGUGGGCAGCUCGGUUCAGAACUGAACUGGAAAGAGAAGUUUGAGGUUUCCCCAGGAUGCAUUUGGCAUGCAGAGUAGAAUUUGUAAUCCACCACAGAAGUUGACAUCAGAGGUGAGAUAUGUCAUUCUCCCUAGAAUGCAGAUACAUAUGAGAGCUCACACACUGGAGAGAUGCUGUGAUUAUAAUCAUUAUGAGAGCACCUUCAAUCACAUCAUUUUCCUUUUUGUGCACAAGGAAAUUUCAACCAGGGGAAGAAUCUUCUCGCAAAUACGGAGUGUACAGUGCCUUAUACCCAUGUGCAUUGAUUUUCACUAUGUAUUUCUGAUGUAAACAUUAAGGUGACAAAUAUUCUAAGUACUCUUUUGAUUCUGUGAUAUGAAAUUUGAUAAGUAGUGUUUGUAUUUUACAUGAUUUUUAUAAAAGUUACGUUACAACAUACCAACACAUAGGUGUUUCGAAGUGUUUUCUUUUUGGGGGGUAUACACCACCAAGUUCUCAUUUUAGAAAAUUUGAUUUUAACUGAAAAAUGUAUGGAAAAGCAAAUAUUACUUAAAAUCUCACCAAUUUUGGUAUUUUAGAAUUUAUUUUGGUUUUCCUUGUAUGCAAAGCAGUGCUUUUAACAGAAUCAGGAUUGUACUUUACGUUCAGUGUUGUAGUGGAUGUUUUGCGUUACAUCUCAUUUAUUUUUCCUAUCAUCUUCCCUGGUUGACUGAUGAGGAAACUGCAAAGAAAGUUUUAAGCCAAAAUCAUCCCACAGAAGUGUCCCUCUCUCUAAUGGGGUUGUGAGAAGCAGGGUUUGCAUGGAAAGACAGCUCAUUCUCUGGCCCAAGGUGAUGGUGGGCCCACAUUCAGCCCCAACCUGACCUAGCUUCAGUGGAGCUGUCCUCACAAGCCCAGAGCCUAUGCUCAUCGACUGAGUCCUGGCUUUGUAAUUCUAAUUGUCCAAGAAUGUGCCCCAGGCUGGGAGCUAAGGCUGUUGCUGGGCUGGAAUAGUUUCUGGGCUCCACUUGCUCUGCACACCCACUGCAGGGCCUAGAGAAGAUGAGAGCCCAGCUAGGGUUCCUGUGUUAGUGGGGACAAGGCAAGGGGCUUUUGGGCCUGCAGGUUUAUCCAGUGCCACUCCGCCCCGUGCUGCAGUGGGAGUUGCCUCACUGGCUCUUCAUGUAAGAGGGCUGGGAAAUGGUGGCUGCAGUUAGUAGAAGCCUUCACAUUAGACCUUCCCUUGACCCAGCAAUUCACCUUGUAGAAUCAUCCUGUGGAAACCCCUGGGCAUGAUGGUAUUUGUUGGUAGUAGUGAUAGUGGAAACCCUGAGAGCAGCCACCAGGAAGGGAGUUAAACGCCUGGCCACACAUCAGAAUACUGAGCUGCCACUAAAUGACUUUUUUCAGAAAAGUUUGGAUCACAAAAGAGGCAAUCGUAAUGUGUGAAAGGCAGGAUGUAAAACUGUGUGUACAUGAUGAUGGCAGUUUAUGAAACAUUUACAUAGAAAUGUACAUUUUACAAAGGCGGACAAACCAGCCUGUGGAGAUGCUUCAUCCUAGAACAUUAACAGGGAUUCUCCCCUAAAGGUGAGAUUAUAAGUGAUAUCUCAUUUAGUUUCUCUGUAAUUUCCAAUUUUCUUAGUCAUUGUUCAUUGUUUGUAAAAUUUUUUAACCUUAUUUUUAAAAUUAAAAUAUUUUUAAACACUUUUUUGUUUUAGAAUGUUCAGUUAUGUGACUUGACAAAUGUAUUAAGUGCUAUAAUGAGUAGCAGUGAAAGUACAUAACAGUGCUACUCUUCCCUCCAAAACCCUCCCUCAUGCUGCCCCUUUUUAGUCAAACCAUCUCCUGACUGAAUCCCUAGCAACUGUACAUUGUUGCACUAUGUAGAUAGUUGAUUCUGGCUCCUUUCACUUAGCAUAAUUCGAGAGUCAUCCAUGUUGAUGAAUGUGUCGAUAGUUCCUUUUUAUUCUGGGUAGUAUUCCAUGGUAUAGACAUGCCACAGUUCGUGUAUUCACCAUUUGGAGGACAUUUGGAUUUCUAGUUAUCAAUAAAGCUGAUAUAAACGUUCCUGUACAGACUUUAUGUGUACAGAGACAGGGACCUUUGUGGCUCUGCAUCUCCAGGGCUGGCAGGAUUGCUGGCAUGAAUGCCUAAAGGCAGAACCUGUCACAUCUGGGGAAGACGUGGA